AUGACCGAAUUCGAUUUAAAUCAAGGUUUUGUAAAACGACAUUCAUUAACAAGUAAUAACAAGAAACUUGAUCUUAUGGGCCAUCUACAUUGUGAUGUUUUCAAUCAAGAAAGAUUUCUGAUAAACAGCGUAGAAAUGCGUUUACGAAUGGUACGCUCAAGAGAUAGUUUCUGUCUUAUGGAUAAAACUGAACAAAAUUUCGAGAUUCAUAUACUUGAUGCUACUCUACUUGUUAGACGUUCAAAGAUUUCACCGGGUAUAUUAUUAACACAUGCUAAAGCUCUUUCGAAAACCACUGCGAAGUAUCCUCUUACGCGUGUUGAAUUGAAAUCUAUAUCUAUACAUAGCGGUAUAUACGGUGAAACACUCGACAAUGUAAUAUUAGGUCAAAUACCAAAACGUUUAAUAAUUGGCUUUGUUGAUAAUAAAGCAUUCAACGGAAAUCGUAAACUUAAUCCUUUUAAUUUUCAUCAUUACAAAAUUAAUUACUUAUCUCUUUAUGUAGACGGUAAACAAAUACCUAGUAAACCGUUACAACCAGAUUUUACGAAAGAAAAUUUAUAUAUGGAUGCUUAUCAUACGCUUUUUUCUGGAACAGUGUGCAAGAAACAGUCUGAAACUGCGGUACUAUGGGAACAAGCACUACAGGAACAGGCACAGCAGUAA